AUGUCUGUCGCUAAGAUCAACCUAACCCUGCUCUACACGGUAAUCGGGGCUAGCUUGCUCGACCACGCGCCUUACGACCAAAUAGUCACAUCCCCACAGUGUUAUGAUCCACGCGCCAUCUCCUUCAAGAUUCUGUUCGGCUAUAUUAUCGACAAGCGCAGCAAGAAGCAACAAGACGUCUGGGUGCUUCUUUACCCACCGACCAAGGAAGGACGGCAUGCUGAAGUUCAGUUCCACUCCAUCCAUCCCGAUACGGGUGCUUUUGUAAAGCAUGACGAUAGCAACAUCAGCACCACGGUCUCCGCACUCGUCGUCGCAUUCUGCAACCCCAAGAAGGCAGCGAGAGGAAAGCACGUAGCGCUGGCGAAGUACUACUACCUGGAGGCCCUUGUUGCAAGGGAGGCCAAGACAGGAAGCACCGAGUUGGAGAUAACCAUACCGGUCAACCGGACUCUAAUCGACAGUAUGAGGGUUGUUUGUAACGAGUUCAAAGAGGAAGCGAACGAGAUGUCGGCACACAUGCGCUCACCAUCAGUGACACUUGUGGAGGACGAUGACAGUGUCCUCAGCGAUUUCCCAGAAGACCUCUCCGAGCCUACUCAGCAGCCCGUAGAACCGAGCUCGACGAUCACACCCGAGACCUCUCCCGCUCCAACUCUCAAUGACAACUUCCAGCAACUCGAUGCCCUUCUCGCGGUCCGCGAAGACGAACUGAAGCUCCAGAGUGCCAACAAAGCGCUGGAAAUCGAGCAAAUGGAGUUGGAUGUCGCGCGCCAAGAGAUCGAAGGGGAACAGCAGCAGUUGGAACAGCGGCGUCGCGCCAAUGCAGAAAAAGAGGCCAAGAUUCAUGCUCGCCGGGAUCAAGUGCUGAAGGGCAUGAGUGCCGUGGAUGCAUUCAAGUUGGGCGGGGAGAUGGAGCGAGAGGAGAAGCGCCGAAAGCUCGGUUAG